AUGAAAUUAUUGGUAUUAAUCUUAGUUGCUCUUAAUAAGGUAUGUAUUGGCGUUCGAUAUGAAUGUAAUUAUAAUGAAGUGUCAUGUGGUUGUGGUAUUUCUAAUGUUGAAUUAGAUCCAUUAAGAAUUAUCGGUGGUGAAGAAGCUAUUCCAUACAGUUGGCUAAUGAUUGUUUCUUUGCGUAAUAAUCGUCAACUUGAAAGAAAACAUUAUUGUAGUGGAUCAAUUAUUAACAAAUAUUUUAUUUUAACUGCAGCACAAUGUGUUAUAAAUAUGGGUUCUCCAUCAAACAUUCUAACUGCUACUGCUAUUCACAAUCGGACAGACAUUGAUGAGAUAGAGCAUUCAGUGAAAAAAAUCUUCAUACAUCCUAAUUAUACAGGGCAUAAAGAUGGAUUUAAAAAUGAUAUUGCUCUUUUAGAACUUGAUACGCCACUCGAUAUUGAUGAAAAUCCAUUUCAUGCAAAAACAUGCUUACCAGAGAUUAAUAUCUCAACAAAUCAAACAGAAAUAUUUACCAUCGAUAAUAAUGAUCCCAUAUGUCGUCGAUCAUUUAUUGAUCCAGAAAAACAAAUAUGUACUGGAAUUUAUCAAGGUGGCAAAGGUACAUGUCGUGGUAAGUUAUUUUAG